AUGUAUUCCGGACACCGCGAUGCGUGCUAUGAAACCAUGGCCUACACCCGGCAAACACAGUACCAACCGAAGUCGAUCUACAAUAAUAGACAAAUAAUCAAAACUAAACAGUACAUUUUCUGGUCAUCGAAGCUCUACGAGAAUAAUAGUAAUCAUCAACAUCAUGAUCAUCAUCGUCAUCGAACAAAAGAUGUCUUGCCGGUAUAUCGAUCGCCGAGUAGUUUUCAAAAGAACAGAAAAGAUCAUUCGCCUGUAUUGUCCUUUUGUGUACCAGAUGUCUACUCUCCGGGACCAAAUGGUAAAUGUUCAUUGCCGCCGCCAUGCUCGAAUUUACCGCCACCACCGUCGGAAUGGCUUAAUUAA